AUGGAUGCCAAGAAUAGCAGCGUACCUACACCAGUAGGUCCAGGCACAGAAACCACCAGCAAAAGAGACACCACCAACAAGAUGUCCCUCUCACCACAACUAAAACAAAAACCAAUCCACUACCCCUUCUGGUUCGGAGGCAGCGCAUCCUCCAUGGCCGCCUGCGUCACUCACCCCCUCGACCUGGUUAAAGUCCGCCUCCAAACCCGCUCGGGCUCCAUGCCCACCACCAUGUCCGGCACCUUCCUCCACAUCCUCCGCAACAACGGCCUCACAGGCCUCUACUCGGGCCUCUCCGCCUCCCUCCUCCGCCAAAUCACCUACUCCACCACCCGCUUCGGCAUCUACGAGGAACUCAAAUCCCAACUCGCCACCCGCUCCGGCGUUGAUCCAGUAACCCAAAAACCCAAACCGCCCUCCUUACCCAUGCUCAUAGCCAUGGCCUCCGUCUCGGGGACUAUAGGUGGAAUAGCAGGCAACGCAGCCGACGUCCUCAACGUCCGCAUGCAGCACGACGCCUCUCUCCCGGAGCACAAACGGCGCAACUACCGGCACGCAGGUGACGGUCUGGUCCGGAUGAUCAGGGAAGAAGGCGUCGGCGCCCUCUUCCGUGGUGUCGGACCGAACUCGCUGCGAGCAGCGGCCAUGACUGCCUCGCAAUUGGCGUCUUACGACAUCUUUAAGCGGACUUUGAUCAAGGUCGCAAAGAUGGAGGACAACCUCGCGACGCACUUUAGCUCGUCCUUUCUUGCUGGCGUGGUCGCGGCGACGGUGACGAGCCCGAUUGAUGUGAUCAAGACGAGGGUGAUGUCUGCGCACGGCAACCAGGGGCUGGGGCAGCUGCUGGGGGAGAUUUAUGCAAAGGAGGGGAUGGGGUGGAUGUUUAGGGGGUGGGUGCCGAGUUUUUUGAGGUUGGGGCCACAAACGAUUUGCACGUUUUUGUUUUUGGAAUCUCAUCGCAAGUUUUAUAGACGGGUUAAGGGGUUGGAGGAGGAGGAAUUGCCUGCUGUGAACAAGUCGUAG